CGCCCGUCAAACCUCCGCGAAGCUUCGAGAGCCAACUAGAGCUAAUGCCGUCACCAACUCGAGUUCUGGUCUGCUCGGCUCGACGCUCUAGGCUGCCUUAGCCGGACGUUUCCCGAUUUAUUGGAAAGCCUCCACCUUAUCUCUCUUUGUUGCCUAAGCGAUCCCCGUUUUUCCUCGAUCCAUUCCUCCGCCGGUUCAAGAAUCAUCCUCUCCGUUUCCCCUAUCUUUCCGAACUUUGAUUCGUUUUGUUUGUCCUGUAGCGGAUCAACGAAAAGAAGGAAGGGGGAUUUGGGAGAUGGAGAACGGGGUAGCUGAGAAGCAGUCCUCGUACACGUACUGGGUGAGGGACGACGCGGCGCCGCUGCCUGUGCCUCGGAAGCUCACCCCGGAGGACAUUUCUCAGCAAUCCCAGCCUAACUUGUUGGGGUCCGUAUGGAAUCAGGCCGGAACAUGGGAGGAAAAAAAUCUAAAUUCAUGGGCAAAUAGUAGAAUUAAGGAGCUUCUUAGUUCAUUGUCUUUGGAGUUUUCUAAUGGAAAAGCAGCGGUUUAUGAAGUUACCAAAUGUUCAGGGGAUGCAUUUCUGAUCACAGUGCGCAACAAAAAAAGAGUUGGUUACACAUACGAAUUAUCAUUGAAAUUCAAAGGUGAAUGGUCAACUAACGACCAAAAAGAAAAGAUUAAAGGCCACUUCGAUAUUCCAGAGUUUUCAUUUGGUGAAUUAGAUGAUUUGCAGAUAGAAACACGGAUUAGUAGUGAAAUUUCUAAAGAGGAUAAAGCCCGGAUCAGCAAGGAUCUGCAGUCCUUCCUGGAACCAAUUCGGAAGAAAUUAGCCGCGUUUGAGCAAGAACUAAAAGAUAGGUAGCAUAUUAACCAUACUUAGGACUCCAUUUUUUUUUAAAUCAAAAGGUUUACUUGUAUGUCCUUUAAGAACUAUAAGAAUUGUUUUGGAACCAUAGUUUUAAGCUGGGUUUUGCUCUUUUCUGGGGUGGGGAAUGAACACUGAAUGAUUUAGACAUUUUUUACACUUGCUUGCUUUUA